CCAAACAGCAGAUGUCUUCUUCCCUCUACCGCCGUCUCCACGGCCUCUUCCUCAAACCCAAAACCACCGUCUCUAGCAAACCCACCACCAUCUCUGCCAAACCCACCACCUCCACCACUGUCUCAAAUCCCAAAACUCCUGAAUCCACCACCGCCACCACAACCACCUCCUCUAAAGAGAAAAGACUCAAACUCCUUGUCAAGAAAUUUAAGAAAGCCUCAAACUCCCCCAGUUUCCGCCUACGCAUUUCGCAAUACGAAACCACCGUUCAACGCCUCGCCAAAGCAAAGCAAUUCUCUCUCAUCUCCGAUAUCCUCGAACACCAAAAACAAUACAGUGACAUCACUGAUGAGAGGUUCAUAGUCCGGCUUAUCUCUUUGUAUGGAAAAUCUGGCAUGUUCGAUCAAGCCCAGAACCUGUUCGACGAAAUGCCCCAGCUGAAAUGUGACCGCACAGUAAUGUCCUUCAAUGCCCUUUUAGCAGCUUGCGUCAAUUCGAAAAAGUUCGAUAAAAUCAGCGAGUUUUUCAGGGAAUUGCCAGAGAAAUUGUCCUUUGAGCCGGACAGAGUUUCGUACAAUACGGUUAUUAAGGCUUUUUGUGAAAUGGGUUCGUUGGAUUCUGCAGUUGUGGUGAUUGAUGAGAUGGAGAAGAAUGGGAUUGAGCCGAACUUUAUAAGCUUUAACACGCUUAUUGAUGCGUUCUAUAAGAGUAACCAAAUUUCGGAUGCUGAGAAAAUGUGGGAAAAAAUGGAACAAAAGAAUGUGGUUCCUAAUGUGAGGUGUUACAACCCAAAAUUGCGCUGGUUGGUUGGUGAUAAUCGAAUUUUGGAAGCUGUUGAAUUGAUUGAGGAAAUGGAGAAGAAGGGAGUGAAGCCCGAUAUUUUUAGUUUUAAGGCCUUGAUUAAAGGGUUUUGUGAUGAUGGGAAUAUGGAGGAAGCUAAAAAGUGGUAUGGUAAAAUAGUCGAAAAUGAUUGUGUUCCGGAUAGAGUAACAUUUAUGACGCUUAUUCCCUUUGUUUGCAACAAAGGUGAUUAUCAAUUUGGUCUUGAAUUGUGCAAGGAGGCUCUUAAUCGGCGGUGCCUUGUUGAUACAACAAUAAUGCAGCGUAUGGUAGAUGAAUUGGUCAAGGAAUCGAUGGUUGAGGAAGCAAAAGAGCUUGUGGAGUUGGGGAAGUCAAAUCGUUUCUUUCAUUAUAAUCUGAAAUUCCCAAAAGAUGAGUAGUGGAACUUUAAUUUGGAUCUUAUUUGUUGUUUUAUUGAUAACUUUGUUAGCGGAUUGAAAUGCUAGUCUAUGUAACUCAAUUUUCACCUUGAGCAUAAAUUGUACUCUCCAUGUACCCAUGUACUCAACAGGGGAUGAAUGCCU